AUUUCCGUCGCGUGGAUGACGUCACCACUGUUGGCGGUAUUUUGAAACGCAAGCCGACAAAGCGGCGUGUCCUUUUUUCCUCUGUCAAAGUGUGGAUUUGAUUGGUGGUUGAUGGCGGGGAGCCCGCUGCCGCAGGCCGCUCAGGCGGAGCUGCUGGAGCUCUGCGAGGUGCAGUUCGCUCACCUGGAAAAGCUGCAGAACGAGCUCCUGCUGAGUGAACCAGACCUCUGUGACAGUCCACAGGAACAGAUCCAGAACAGACUGAUGGUAACAGAAGCUGAGCUGAAAAAGCGUCAGACAGAGGAGCCCAAGUUGCUGGCGGAAAAUCCAGACGUUUUGUUUCACGCCGGAAAAGAGGAGAUGCUGAAGCUGUGCUCUCAGCUGGAGACGGUUCUUUCUUGUUGUGAGGCAAAAAGAGACAAACUGAGAGAGACCAAAGAGCUUGAACAAAAAUGGCUGGAGGAGAAGGUGCAGGUGCUGAAAGCAGUCAAAACCCACGUUGAACAACUCCAAAAGGAAAAGGAGAACGUUUCAGCUCUCAGCAUGCUGCAGGACAUCAAGGAGAAAAUCCAGAAGAUGAAAGCGUACCAGGAGACGCUGAUGGAGUGUCUGGGAGACAUCCUGGAGAAGCACAUUCCUCUUCCUCAGGUGGAACCUGAGCCCAGCAGGAGGAAGAAGAAGAGCGUGGAGUGUGAGAUAACCCCGGAGGUCGUUUCCCUCAGUGAAGUUCUGGAGGCGCUCAUGAACAAGGCUCUGCAGUCCCCACACGACCCCUACGUCAUCGUGGACAACACAUUCUGGCCGCCGUACGUGGAGAUGCUGCUCCGGUACGGAAUAGCAGUGAGGCACCAGGAGAACAACUUCAAGAUCCGUCUGGGGGCGUUUUUCUGAGGAGGGGGGAGGGGGGGCUCUGUCGGCCCGAGCUGCAGAUUGAACUCCACUGUUCUGGACCGUCGUUGCCUCUGAGUGCAGCUCAGUCUGAGGGUUUUAAGCUUCUUCCAGUCAUCUUGAGAUGACUUGAAUUUGCAGAGUCUCUGCAGGAUUUCUCAAAAGCUUCAUACUCAGAACUUUUUUAUUUUAAGGUUUAUGUUUUUCAUCAGAGGAGCUCUUAUUUUACACUUCCCGAUGCCCCACUGCUGUGUACAUAUGUAGACUGUUCAUAUUUACUGUACUUGUUCUUGUGUUGUAGAUGAAUACAUGUUCGUUCUGUUAGACACAAAUAAAGGAAAGACAUGUGUCUCAAC